GGCGGAGCCCGGCCUGCGCGGAAAAGGGAGCCCUGGAGGGCGAGGCGGGCGUCCCUGUCACUCAGGGCUCUGCCCCGGCGGUUGGUUGGGCGAGGCCGGGCUUCCAGGAGAAGAGCGACCCGUUCCAGCCUGUGAUUGGCACGGCGGAGCCGAACGACGCUCGCUUGUUGGCCGGUGGAGACGUCCGUCUGUGGGGACGCCGAUGGGCGGGGGCGAGACGGCGAGAGAGCGAAAGACGCCGCCGGAGCUCAGGAGGGCGCGGCGAAGGCAGGGGCGGGACCACGCUGCCUCCCCCCCUCUCACUCCCGGUCAGUUACGGGGGCGGGGCUCAGAGGGGGCGGGGCGGCCGUGUCAAAAAGGCGGCUGAGGCGGCGGCUGAGGGUCGCGACUGCCCCGGAGCCCCGCGCGCCUCCCCGCCGGACCAUGGAGGCCUACGAGAGAGAUGAGCGGCGGCGCAAGGUGGAGGCCGGCCGGGCAAAGCUUGCUCAGUUCCGACAAAGAAGGACAAAAAGCGACGGUGCGGGUCCGAAGAAAAAGGCGUCGAAGAGGAAGAACGCGACUGUCCAUGCGGCUGUCGAGGAGAAGGAGGAGGAGUGUGCGGUAGCCAGCCCGGGGGCCGAGCUCCCUUUGGACCUGGAACAGAGGAUGGCCAGCGGGGCGGGCAGCGAGGCUGCAGAGGGGGACAGCGGGUCUUCCUUGGGCGUAGAUCCCAGUGUGCCUGAAGUCCCAAAGCCUCAGGGGGAGAUGAAGGUGCUGGAAGAGAAGCCCAAGGGCAAGCAGGACGACGCUGAUCUGCCGAGUCAGCAGGCGGCUGAGCUUCCGCCGUGGUUGGCCCGGUGCUCGGAGGCCUCCCAGCUGCAGCAGGAAUUAGCGAUGGCAGUCCAGGAAAGAGACAAAAUCAUUGUCCGGCUGAGCAGUAACCUUCAGCAGGCGAGGCAGAGUCACCAGCAUGUCCAGCAGGAGGCGCUGCUCCUGGCCACUCAGAUGCACCAUUUGCAACAUCAGUUACAAGAGAAUAGUGAGUUUCUGAAGAGCAAGAUGCCGGUCAAAGGAGGCCCGUUACAGCCCCAGCCCCUGGCACCAGUCUCUCCGCAGUACCCGCUGGAGCCAAGCGCUCCCCUGCAAGAUCCAUGCCACAGCACUCCCCUGCAGCUCCAGUACCACAGGGCCCAGGAUUUGGAAACACAGAUAGCAGCGAAUCAGCAGAAUAUCAAAGAUAAAAAGGAAAUUUCUGCCGAGAUGGAAGAACAUUUGAAAAGUGCCGUUGAGGAGCUGUCAUGGGUGGUCAGAGAGAAAGAAGGGCUGAGCAGCGGUGUGCGAGACCCUUUACAUCUUGUUGAUGAGGCCUCAGUUUCACCAGAGUGCGCUGUUUCAGUGAAAGAUGCAGAAGUCAGACUGUUAAACCAGGAAAAGCGAGAGUGGGUUGAGGAGUCCCAAGAACAUCCCCUAAAGGAGGUUUAUGAGCUACCUCAGGAUCUGAAGUGGGACCCUGGGCUGGGGGUCACAGAGGUGAAACAGGCUUGUGCAAACAUCGUGGAUGGGACAUACAGGAAAGCAGGUGGGCCUACAAGAGCGGGAGCCCCUGCACUUAGAGGCCCGAGAGACUGGGAGCCACAGAGCCUCAGUGGAGUUAAUGUCAAUUUAAACAAUGAACUCCAAGAGUUGGAUCUUCAUCAAUAUGGCUCGUGUGCAACACCAGAGAGCCAGAUGGCAGCUUUUCAGGAGGAAGGAGAUGACGCUGAGUGGAUGGAGGAAGCUAUGCUGGAGGACCUUAAAAGGAAGUUUUCACCUGCAGAGAAACACUUGGAGAAAGCUUGGGACUCUAAGGGUGAUGAGGAAAUGCAAAAACUCAGCUCCCCUGUGCAAGGAGUGAAUGGGGAGUUGCUCCAAGAAUCUGAAAAGAGCAGAAACCUCCAGCUGGAGGAUGUCGGGGAAAUCACUUCCCAUGAGCAGGAGAGAGCUUUGCAAGGUGCCUUUGGCGCCCAGAAAGCUGAACUGGAGAGGCUGCGUAGUAAGGUGGGCCUCCAGCCGGGAGAGCCGACCUGCCAUGAGUUGGAAUAUCAAAAUGUUCUCAAAAGGUUCAGUUUAGAAUCAGAAGAGGAAAACCGAAGUUUAAAAUUUGACAUGAGUGAGGAGGAUGAAACGAUUGAAGCUGGCCCCCUUGAUGGGGAAGCAUCAGUAGAGGGAGUGAUGUUAGAGGUCGCUGGUGACUUGAUGGAAAAGUACCUGGUCUGCAGCGAACAAGAUCAUUUGAGUGUUUCUGAGACACCCGAGUAUUUUGACAUAGAAACUGCUUUCCAGAGUAAAUCUGAGAGAGGGAGUCUGGGCUGCGUAACAGACGAGCUAAUUAUCAGCUUUGAUGAAAAAAUGGAUUCCAGUGACUUGUCAGAAGGAUUGUUUGCUGACCCGGUGACAGACAUGCAGUACGGCAGUGGCUUCUCUCGUGGAGACUUAUGGGCAUUAAUGGACAAAGAUAAGGUUUACUUGGGAGAGCGGUGUGGGAAGUUAAAUCAGCUACUUAUAGAAAAGGAGAUGGCCCUCAAGAAUUUCUCCCAGGAGAUUGAAAAGGCUGAGGAGACAUGGUGGGAGGGGGGCCACAGUCUCCCAAUCGAACCGAACCAGGAGGGGGAUAGCUCAUUUUCUUGUGCUGAGAUUGUCCCAAGGCUGGAGGAAGAAGCUGAAAAUCCAACGGGAGCUACAGCUGACAGCGUCCCAGAUUCACAAGGCCUGUCUUCAGCAUCUGCUCAGGGUCUUCUCUGGCCUGGGAUGGUCGAGAUCUGCCCUGAGGAAGUGGAGAGGGGAGCAGGAAAGAGGACUUCCGACUCGGUGCAUCUGGAGGCCCUGCACAGUCGGGAGGAGGACAGGCUGCAGGGCCAGCUGGAUGCCCACCAAGGCAGAAGCCAAAGGUCUGCUGGGUGCCUGGGUCAGAAAACCACCCUAGAGGAGGCUCUGCUGCAGGAGGUGGAGACCCUGAAGGCCGAGAUCGCUAUCAAGGAAAGUCUGUUUACCCAAAUUGUCAAAGAAAAAAAUAAUUUGGAAAAAAUGUUUUCUAAAGAUAGAGAAAAUCUUGAGGAAAACAUAUUCGAACUGACUGAGAAAAUUAAAUGCUUGGAAAAAGAACAGCGGCGUGAAAAAAUAGAAUUUGUGGCAUGGUCUAAAUUGGCUCCUUCAGAGGGUCAGAAACCUGAUGCUGAAAUAAAGGCAAAAGACUCAGAUAUCAUGCAAGCAGAGAAUAACCUCAUUCCUCCAAUGGUUUCCUUGAAAAAUGCUCUAGCAGACCCCCCGUGGCAGCUGCAGGGGGAAGCACAGAAGGCUUCUUGGGCUGUGGAGGACGUCUGGUCAGAGCUGAGCAGCCGCUACGAGAAGCAGAUGACUCAGUUGAAGCAUCAGCAGGAGGCCGAGAGGGCCCAGCUGAAGCGGGAGCACCAGAAAGAGGUGGAGGCUGUAAGUGAACAGAUGAAGGAAGAGCUGGGCAAGCGGCAGCACAAGUGGGACGAAGAGCGGAAAGAACAGAUUGGCAUGAUUAAGCAGAUUCACGAACGAGAACGUGAUCGGGAGAUUGCGGAGCUGGUCUCUAAGCAUCAAGAGGAGCUGAAGCAGCUCCGGGAGGGACUUCAGAGCAAGCACCAGCAAGCGAUGAAGGAGCUUCAGCAGCACCUGGAAGCCUUCCAUGAGACAGAGAUGCAGCAAGCCCAGCUCCAGGCACAGACCCUGCACAGCCUGGAGCUGGAGGCUCUGCGCCUGAGCCUGAGCAACAUGCACACGGCCCAGCUCGAGCUGACCCAGGCGAACCUGUGCAAGGAGAAGGAGACGGCCCUGGUGGAGCUCCGGGAGAUGCUCAACGACAAGCGAGCACAGGAGGUGGCCCUAGUCCAGAGCCGCCAGCAGUUCGAGCUGGAGCAUAUCAAGGAGCAGCACCGCAAGGAAAAGGAGGACAUGGCCUUGGAGCACCAGCAGGAGCUAGCCGCCUUGGAGAAGAAACUGGAACUAGAAGUGGAGGCUCACAGCCAGACGCUGGAGGCGCUCAAGGGAGACUGGGACUCAGAGAAGGGCUCAUGCUUAAGAAGGCUCGAGGAGGAGCUGGCCCAGAAGCACCAGGCAGAGAUGGAGAGCGUGCGCGAGGCCCUGAGGGCCCAGUUGGCCGAGCAGAAGGCGGAGCUGGAGAAGAUGGCCCAUGACAAGGCCCAGGCAGAAGCUGCUCUCAGCAGCCUCCAGGCCCAGCACCAGGCGGCCAUGCAGGACCUUCGCCAGGAGCUCCAGCUUCAGCGCGACCAGUAUUUAGAAGACAUGGAUCUGAAAGUCCGAGAGAAGCAGCAGGAGCUGGACACGCUCCAGGCCUCCUACGAAGAGCUGCAGGCGCAGUCCCGAGAGGAGAUCCAGCAGCUCUGGUCUCAGCUGGACUCCACGCGAGCAAAUCGGCAGGAGCUGAAUGAGCUCAGGGAGCAGCUUCUGGCCCGAGCGUCCCACGUGGAGCAGCUUGAGCACCUCAAGCAUGACUUCGAGCGGCGGCAGCAGCAGAGGCGCAGCGAGCACGAGCGCGAGCUGGAGCAGCUGCGCCUUUACUUCGAGCAGAAGCUGCGGGACGCUGAAGACAGCUACCGCGAAGACCUCCACCUGCUGCACCAACGGCUGCAGGAGGUCAGGGAGGACUCCUUCCUCGACUCUGCUGACGUCAGUUGGUCCGUCGAGUUUAUGGAAGACACAGCUGAGGUGGAAAGAAAAGCCCACUUGGAGCAGCUGAUGCUUCAGCUGGAGCAGCACAAGGAGGGCAUUGCCCAUUUGAGGCUCCAGCUCGAAGAGAAGCACAAGGAGGAACUGGAUGCGCUAAAGGCGUCUCUGGAGGUUCGUCACAAGCAGCAGUCCAUGGCGGAGAUGCAGAGGGAGAAGCGCCAGCACGACCUCGACCUUGAAGAGCUACGCACCCGCCUCACGGAAGAGCACAGGAAAGAGAUGAUCAAGGUGAGACUGCAGUGCGCGCAGGACACUGCCCGCCAGGUGGAAGCCGAGGUGGCGCAGAGGCUCUCGCUGGCCUUAGAAGACGAUCACAAGGCCAGAGUGGCCCAGCUGCAGUCCCAGGAGGGGCGGGUUUCGCAGCUCACCGAAGAAGUCGGCCUUGCUCAGAAAGAAAAUGAGGACCUGCAGGAGAAGCUGCAGCGGGAGGUUGCUCUGAAGGAGGAGGCGGAGAAAAAGAGCUGUGGUCUCGUUGAAGACCACCAGAAAGAGAUAAAGAAGCUGAGAGAGGAGAUUCAGCAGCUGAUCCAAAGGAACAAGGACAAAGAAGAUGAGUGGCAAGUCCAGCGUGGGGAUCUCAGCAGAAGAGCUGAAGAGAGACUGGCUGCACUGGCCCUCGAGCUGAACGGCAAGGCCGAGCGGGAGCAGCGGGCCCUGAGAGAGGCGGCGGAGCUCCGCGUGGUGGAGAUGGAGCGGCUCCGAGACCAGCAGGCAGCCGACAUCAUGAGGCUGGAGGAGUCCCUGAGGCAGCGGGAGGAGAGCCGGGCCCAAGAGGAGGCUGCCUGGCAAGAGCGGGCAGCUCAGGACCUAGAGGCGGCCAAGGCCCAGAUGGCCAAAGAGUUGGAGGCGGCCAUGCGGAGUCUUCGGGAGGACUGUGCCUUGGAGCUGCAGACAAGCCAAGCAAGAUUCUUGGAAGAGCAGAAAGAAAUGACUCAGAAAUUCACCGGGAAACAAGAGGCUCUCUUCAAGGAGCUGCAGGAGAAGCAUGCCGGUGAGCUCCAGCUGCAGAGGCAGCAGACCGAAUCCCUGACCACUGAGUUGCAGACCCAGCACCGGGAAGAGAUAGAUGCCCUCAGGGCUUCCCUACAGAGCCAACACCAGACACAGCUGGAUGCCCAUGUCGCUGAGCUUCAGACCCAGCACCGGGAAGAGAUAGAUGCCCUCAGGGCUUCCCUACAGAGCCAACACCAGACACAGCUGGAUGCCCAUGUUGCUGAGCUUCAGACCCAGCACCGGGGGGAGAUGGAUGCCCUCAAGGCUUCUCUACAGAGCCAACAUCAGACACAGCUGGAAGCCAGAGUGGCCGAUCUGCAGACCCAGCACCGGGGGGAGAUGGACGCCUUCAGGACUUCCCUACAGAGCCAACAUCGGGCACAGCUGGAAGCCAGAGUGGCUGAUCUGCAGACCCAGCACCGGGGGGAGAUGGAUGCCCUCAGGACUUCCCUACAGAGCCAACAUCGGGCACAGCUGGAAGCCAGAGUGGCCAAUCUGCAGACCCAGCACCGGGAGGACAUGGACGCCCUCAGGACUUCCUUACAGAGCCAAUACCGGGUACAGCUGGAAGCCAGAGUGGCCGACCUGCAGACCCAGCAUGUUGCAGAAAUGAGCCAUCUGGAAGCCAAGCACUUGUCAAAUCUGGACUCUUUGGAGUCUGGUUACCUGUCUGAGAUUCAAACCAUGCAGGAAGAGCACAGCCACGCUCUGGAAGGGCUCCGGGUGAGGCUCGAGGAGCAGCUGCAGGCGAAGGAAGCUGAGCACAAGGCGUGCCUGGCGCAGGAGACCGAGAAGCAUCAGCGAGAGCUGCAGCAGGCCCAGGAAAGCCUCAGAAUUGAGAUGACCACUAAUCAUAUUGAAAAACUGAAAUCGCUGGCCACAGAGCUGCAAGAUGCGCAUCAGGAGGACCUGCAGAUGGCCCUUCACAACCAGAGGUGUUUGCUGGAGGAAGAAAACCACAAGGCUCUGGACAGGUUGGGCGAAGAGGCCCUCCGCAUGGAGGAGCAGCACCGAGGGGCCCUUCAGGAACUCAAGGACAUCCACGUGGCUGAGCUCGAGAAGCAGAGAGACAAGGCUGGCCAGCAGCUCCAAGAAGAGCUGGCCAGACUUAGGGCCCAGCACCAGCAGGAGCGAGAGGAAGAUGCCCGAGCGGCAUCUGCGAUGCAGGAAGAUGCCAAAGCGGCCCGACAGCAGCAGGAGCUGCUCUUUCAGCAGGAGAUGGCGCUGCUCAAGGGGCAGGCCCAGGUCCUGGAGCAGCAGGUGGCCCAGCUGAAGGACACGCUGGAGACGGAGAAGCGGGCUGCCGAAGAACAGGCCGAGGAGUUGGUGGCCCUGGAGAGGGAGAAGGCUCAGGGCGUCUGCCAGAGGGAGAAGGAGGCGCUGACCUCACAGCUGCAGGAGCAGAGUAGCCUCAUCCUCCAGUUAAAAGAAAAAAUCUCAUCCUUAAAUAAUGAAGUAGCAGAGAGUCACAGAGAGCUGGAGAAGCUUCAGGCACUGCGUGAACGAGAGCAUGAAGAAGAGACGAACCUAUUAUCUCUGCUGCAGUCUGACAUGAGCCAUACCCAGCAGGAAAGGAAAACGCUGCAGGAAACAAACCAGCACCUCCUGAGUCUGUUUGGGGACACCCUGAAGGCCGCCAUUGCCAUAAAGAACCAGAUCAGUAAGAGGAUCGGGGUCUGUCUGGACGAAGAUUCCCUGGGCAGAGAAAGCACCGCCAUGGGGAGGCAGGAGCAGCCAACCCAGGACACGUGCCAGCUGCCCACGGACGCAGCUCUUCGAGGUCCCAUUCCUCCCCUGGAGUUCGAUCAGACCUUGCCUGAAUGUGACGAGACAUUGCUGGCUGAGACUGACAUAAGUUGCCACGUCCGAGAGAGCUUCUUUUUGAGUCCAGGAGUCACGAUGGAGUGUGAGCAGCCCAUCAGGAGGAUCUACCAGAGCCUUGGGGUGGCUGUGGACAACCUCCUGGAGAUGAUGCUGGAUUCCAAUAAACAACUGGAGGAGACGCGUGAACUUCAUGCUCGCUUUGAGAAAGAAUUUAACCGUAAAAAUGAGGAGACUGCCGGGGCGGUGAGACAGCAACAGGAACUCAUGGACCGUUUAAAUCAGGAGAGCGCGGCCAAGAAUCAGCUGGCCCUGGAGCUCCAUAAAGCUGAGGGUCUCGCUGAAGGGUAUAAAGCUGAGAAGGCUGCGCUGGAGGAAUCUCUGCUUCAGAAGGAAAAGUCUGAGCAUCAUCUGGCGGUGGAGUUGGAGAACCUGAAGGCCCAGUUCCAGGCGCUGAUCCAAGAACAAGCCAGGCUGAAGGAGGAGCAGAGCCUGUUGCUGAGGCAGAAGGAGAAGCUGGUUGUGGAGGCCGAGGAGAAGGCCGCUGGUUUACUUCAGGAAGUAGAACAUUUGGUAAAGGAACAAUCAGAAACGAAACAACAAUCUGAGAAAGAUUGCUCAACCCUGCGUUCUCAGAUGAGAGCUUUGGAGCUAGAGCUGGAAGAGCAGCUUUCACACAAUCAAGAGCUUGUCCAGCAAGCGGCCGAAAUCCAGGACCUCAAAGAGCAGAUCGUCUCUUUAGAUAAACACUUACGGAAUCAGCGGCAGUUCAUGGAUGAACAGGCAAUCGAAAGAGAACACGAGCGGGAUGAGUUUCAGCAAGAAAUCAGGAAGCUUGAGGAGCAGCUGGAGCAGCAGCAGCCAGCCAAGAGUCAUCCUUGGGGAGAGCCUCACGACAACCAGAGCUUUGAGUUGACUCCUGAGGUUGAAUCUUUACAAAGAAAAUUAAGAGAAAAAAUAGAUGAAUUGAAUGAAUUGGUCAUAAAGAAGGAGCUAACCGAAAGAGAGCUCUCAGCCCAAAAAGAUGAAAUCAGAAACCUGGAAGAUGCAAAUGAAGUAAUCCGAAGAAAAGUUUACUGGCUUGAAGAUGAAUUGGAGAAACAAAAGAAAAUUGGAAAAGAAUUGAAACAGGACAGAGAGGCCUUGCAGGAGCAGCAGAUGAACAACCUGAUCCAGAUUUCCUCAUUACAGUCAAAAUUAGAUGAAGCGAAACAUUUGACACCUGCCCAAGGAAGCCCAAAUGGGGAUGAUCUUAAGGAGCAGUUGGAGGCGGAACAGGCAGCUCUGCUGUUGAAAGAGAAGCAGGUUCUGAGCUUGGAGGAAGAACUAGAACAACUUAAGGACAAGUUGACAAGUAAAAAUAAUGAAAUCCUUCAGCUAAACUUAGAAUUAGCUCUGCAGAACAGCCAGUUCAAUGCCAGCAUCCAAGAGCUUUCUGCAGAAAAUACCGACUUAAAGGCGUUUCUACAAAACAGAGAACAGGAGAUUGUCUCUUUGAAUGAGCAGAUUAAGGGAAGGCAGCACGAGGUAGAGCAUACCGUGGAGCUCAAGGUGAUGGACGAUAGAAGCUCUGAAAUAGAGGAGCUAAAAGCUGUCAUUGAAAAUUUGCGUGAGAACCAAGAACGAUUACGAAAGGAGAAGCUGGAAGAGGCCGAGCAGCUGCACGAAGUCAUUGAGAAGCUUCAGCAGGAACUCUCCCUCCUGGGGCCUGUGGUUCACGAAGUCAGCGACAGCCAGGGCGACUCAGACAGCUCACAGCCCGAGAAUCUGCAGCGAGAGCUCCAGAAGGGCCUCUUCUCCUUUCGGGCCACCGCGCUCGAUGAGGGAGCGAGGGAGCCGGACCCUCAUGUGGAGCAGCUGCGGGACGCCCUGCGGGAGAAGGAGAGCCAGUGCCAGCUGCGGGUGGAAGCCCUCGAGCGGGACCUGCAGAGCGUCCGCGUGGCUUCCACUGAGCGGCUGGGCCUGCUGAGCCACCAGCUGUCUCUGAAGGAGGCGGAGGCCAAGAGGGUGGCCUCGCAGGCCCAGCACUGGCAGGCUGCCUUCCUCGAGAAGGAAGCCGAGGCCGACGCUCUGACCGAGGAGAGGGGCGCCUUCUUGGCCGAGCUGCGCGCCCUGGCAUCGGCCUGCUCGCACCUGAAGAGGGACCUGGAGGGCAAGAGGGCGUGGGGCUCCGGGGAGCCUCCCGAGCUGCAGAUGCUUCGGACUCAGUGUGUCGGCCUGAACCUGAAGCUUCAGGCCCUCAGCCGGAAGCUGGUCACCUACCAGGUGGCACUUGAUCAGCACCAGGCCUGCGGGCCCCAAUGUCAAGUACAGAUCCAGAAGCACCUGAAGGGAGCAGAUGCUCUUGGCACACACGGAGCGCGGGCCCCCAGGCGGCUUCUGUCCGGAGCUCCCGCUCACGAGGCACAUUGGAGCAAUCGGGUCGCUCAAGGAGCCAGCACGGAGGAAGCGCAUGGUCAGGCGGCCAGGCCGUGGCAGCUGGCUGCUGCUACCAAGGGGCAGUGUGGUGAUGGCUGGAGUCUAGUUGAGGAGGCGGCCUUCACCCCCAAAGGCCUGGCAAUCCGCAAGGAGGCAGGUAUCCAGAGGAGGGAAAGUGUGAUCUCGGUCCUGACGGUCUGUCAGAAACAGCUGGAGUCCGAACUCCUCUUUAUGAAAAAGAGGAUGCCGCUGAGUAAAGAGCACGGCAGCCAGCUUUUAGGAGCCCUGAAGAUUCAGCAGAAGCCGAUGGAGGGGGAUCAGCUGCACAAAGGAGACCUGAUGACCCAAGUGAGGCACAUUCUGGAGAAGCUCCAUCGCCUGAUCAAGUCCAUAUCCUCCGUAGACAGAGAUGCCGACGGCGGGAAGCAGCUGCACCUGCCGGGACCGUUGGAGCGUGCUGCGCUGACGAGUCCCUCCCAGAGACCUCACGGGCGGCUCUCACGGAGCGCUCAGGGCCGGUCGGCCACGGACUUGGGCUCUCCCGCCUCGCCAGGGCCAGAAUGCGGCAGUGUCUGUCAGUUGUGGGACUUGGCUGACGAUGCGAAAAGUCACGCUUCUCCGGGAUGGGGCAGACGCCAAUUCCAGUUUGACCAGAGCCCGGACUCUUUCCCGAGCAGCCCGAGGGGAGACCCAGACUAUGCCGAGCCCCUAACUCCCGAGAGCUGCUACUUCGAAGAGCGAGUGGCCGCUUCGAAUGUCCCGGGGCAGGUGAAAAGCCGGGACUCGCCCCCUCCAGAUGGAGGCAGGUUUUCCAGGGAGCCGAGCCAAGAGUCCGCCCAGGGCUCUCCUUGGGAUGGCAGCACCGAGAACGGGUCACAGGUUGACACAGAUGCCCUGGAGACUGUGGAGCAUUUCCGGGACACGAUCCUGGACACGGACGCCUCCUCCCUGGGCUCCCCAGAGCUGGUCCGCAGAGACUCCACGCUGGAGAGCCUGCCCAGCUUCCACCUGACGCCCCUUUCGCACACCGCCGGCCUGCAGAGCCCCGAAGCCGCCUGGCGCUCCUUGGCUCUGCCGGACUCCUCAGGCUACUUGGGCUUGCCUGCUCUCCCGGGGCUGGCAGCCAGCCCUCCGGCCUGUAAGGACAAGUCACAGCCCGAUGCCGGCCAGGACCUCAAGAGCAGAAUUUUGGAAAAAGAUGUUCAGGACAUCAUCCUAACACCAAAGGAUCUGCAAGAAGGCCGACAGUCCAAAACACCCGGCUCAGAAGGGGACGGCCUUGGUGAUGACAUCAGUCGGAUUUCUGAGUUUCCAGACAAACUAAAGCAGGAUUCGUACCGCUCGGGACCUCCACCCUCUCGCCCUGUAGCUCAUCUUCACAAAGCUCAGAAAUCUGGAAUGGUUCAAAGGCCUUUCAAACCAAUGAAGGAUAAAUUAGAAAUGCAGUCCAAGCAGAUGAAGGCGCUCCUGAAGAUGGUCUGUGAUGAGAGCCAGCAGAUCCUGGUCUUAUCCGAAGCUGAAGCUUCUGUCCCGGAUCAGGGCAGCGACCGGCUGCGCACCCCCCCGGACUGCUUUCAGAAGGAGAGGCAGGGCCUGCUGGAGGCCGUGCAGGCCCUCAAAGAGCACCUCUCCCAGGUGUCGUCCCGAGCUGGGGACAAGGAACCUUCGGACCCAGUCUUUGACUGGGGAGAAUUUCUGCAGGCGGUCCAAGAGGUCCUGGAAAAGGAGCGCCACGUGCUCAAAGUAGAGCUGCAGUCGAAGCUCUGCAAUCUGGAGUCUGGAGACGAGCGGUCCCUGCUGGAGAAGCUGGAGGAUGUCGUCAAGGAGCAGGGGGAGCUGCAGAAGAGAACGUUGGAAAACCUGCAUCUGAGUGACCGGAGCAGCCUGCUGUCUGAGAUCCAGGCCCUGCGGGCCCAGCUGCGCAUGACCCACCUGCAGAACCAGGAGAAGCUGCAGCAGCUCUACGAGGCCCUCACCAACGUCGAGGACCAUGGCAGCAAACAGGAGUACCAGUUCCGGAGGCAAAUCGAGUUACUGGAGUAUAAAGUGGAGCAAGAGAAAGGGCUGGUGGGCGAUCUGCAGAAGACUCUGACCAUUGAGCAAGAGAAGGGCAUAGAAACUCAGAAGCUGCUGCUGGCGGCGCAGAGCGCAGCCCAGGGACUCACGGCGCAGAUGGAGGAGUGCAGGCGGGACAAGGAGGCCGUUUCCCAGUCCCUGAGAGACGCCCACAAGGACAUUGCCCACCUGAGAUCUGUGCUGGGCAGCAGAGAGGAAGAUCUGGCGUCUGCCCUGGACGGGCUGCAGGCCGAGAAGCAGAAGGUGGCUGAGCUGCAGGUGCUGCUGGAAGAGGAGCGGCGGCAGAGCGUGCAGAAGGACGAGCUGAGGUCCAAGGCUGUCGAGGAGCUGCAGGCGUCUCUGGAGCAGCAGCGCAGCCAGAACGGGCAGCUGGUGGUGAGCCUCCAGCACGAGCAGGCCGAGAAGGACAACCUGAAGAAGGAGCUCCAGAUCGAGUACUCCCGCUGUGAGGCGCUCCUGUGCCAGGAGCGCAGCCAGGUGGGUGAGCUCCAGCGCAGCCUGGAGGCGGAGAGGGCCCGCUCGGCCGAACUUGGCGAGGCCCUGAGCCACGAGCGCCUGGUCACGGAGCAGCUAAGCAAGCGGGCCGGCGAGGCGAGCUCCCAGAAGGAGGCCCAGCUGCAGCACGCCUUCGUACGCAAGCUGAAGGAGGAGAAGGCGCGCGGCGCCGAGCUGCAGGCCCUGCUGGACGAGGCCCGCCGCCAGGGCCUGGCCGCCCAGAAGCAGCUCGAGCUGGAGGUACAGAUGCACUGUGAGGAGAUGAAGAAGGAGAAAGAGGUGAGUGGGCGGCUGCAGGCCUCGGCGGACGCCCUCCAGAAGCAGAAGCAGGAGCUGCUCUGCUACGUGGACGAGGAGAGGGCCAAGCAGGGCAGGCUGCAGGCCGAGCUAGAGCAGCUGCAGAGCCGGCUGAAGGACGAGGCCGGCAAGGAGGCCAGGAGGGACAAGGAGAGGAGGCACGAGGUGCAAGCGGAGGAGGAGAAGGGCAAGAGAGGCAAGAAGGAGAAGGAGAGGCUGGGCUGGCAGCGCGAGUUGGAGCUGCAGCGUCAGCGAGAUGAGCACAAAAUCCAGCAGCUGCAGCAGACCAUCACCGAGCUCGAGAAGGACAAGGGCUUCGCGGUUAGCCGGACCUGGCAGGAGGCCGGGCCGGGGGUGGCCCUACCCCCCGACGCGGAGAAGCUGCAGGAGCACCAGGAACCGCUUGAGAACGUCCGGCAGCAGCUGCUGCACGCCCUCGGGCUUCUGACCGGCUUCAUGAACCAAACCGUUAACAGGUAGGCCCGGAACGGAGCGGCCAUUUGUGACGGAGGGGCAGGGGUUGGGAGCUUCCUGGUGCAUUGCCAUAUCCAUCCAUACGUGGCAUUUCUGUGUCAC